AUGGCACGUCGUCUUCAACCCGACGCUAAAGGGUUUAUCGUUGCAGCGGAACAACUACGUCUUGGACAAUUGAUUGCUUUCCCUACUGAGACAGUGUAUGGUCUUGGCGCCAAUGCGCUCAAUCCGGAAGCUGUUUUGUCCAUUUUUAAAGCCAAAGCGAGACCUCUUACAGAUCCAUUGAUUGUGCACGUUCCUUGUCUGGAAGACGCCGUGAAGCUCGUAGACUUGACGCCAAUGGGUCUACAAGUUUUUCAUUGUCUAGGCAAAGCUUUCUGGCCUGGACCAUUGACACUCAUUGCCAAGGCAGUUCCGGAACUACCGCUGACAGUGUCGGCUAACACGGGGUUUGUGGGACUUCGGUGUCCCAAACACCCCAUUGCUCAGGCUCUACUGAAGGAAGCAAAGGUCCCGAUCGCAGCACCAAGUGCAAACAGAUUUGGUCACGUGUCUCCGACGACGGCAAAACAUGUGAUGGAUGAUCUGGGUGCAUGUAAGAACUUAAGUGUCAUUGAAGCAAGUGAAGAAGGAUGCUGUGAAAUCGGCAUUGAGUCGACUGUUGUGAAGAUCGUGCCAGAGGAACGCAAGCUGAUUGUGUUUCGUCGUGGAGGUGUCUCGGAGCUAGCAUUGGAAAAGGUGCUGAAGGAGAAUAUGGAGUUGCUAGGUGGACACUACGAGGUCGUGACGAUUCAGAAGGAAGCCAAGAUGCAGACAAAGGAGGCGCACCAGGCACCGGGACAGAUGAUCACGCACUAUGCUCCAGAUGUAGAUACUUAUGUGUACCAGGUGGACGCUUCUGAGAAGAUGGACGCAUCGGCCGAGCAAGAUGUGAGUCGUUGGGCAGUAAUUGAUUUUCACGGCAAACUAGUCAGCUUGAAGGACCGCGUGCGAGCAUAUCAAGACCUCUCGCCAAGUGGGGACAUCGUUGAGGCUUCGCAACGCAUUUUUGACUCGUUGCGCAGGUCCGAAAACGUGGAAGGCGUCGAGCGCGUGGUGAUCACGGGCGUGGCUCUGGAGUCUCACGAACAGUCUGCUGCGCUGCAUGAUCGCAUGUACCGUGCAGCAUCAGGCAAGCAACGCGCACUCCAGCUGUAG